GAAAAGAAAAACUGAGUUGAUAUUAUCUCCACACGAUCUUUCUGUUUUCAUAUCUGAUCCUAUAUAAGCAUGGCACAUUUACUCUUUAGUAGACAAAGACAUUUUUCCUGAUUCUCAUUUUUUCAUGGAGUUCUCAAGUGAGAGCGAGUGUAAACAAUUCCAGUUUGUCAUCUGUGAUCAUCAAUUUAUUUACGUUUGGAAAAUGGAAGGUGAAAUUGAGACUGAAAUGGAAAUUGAUUUCCAAGAAGAUGUUGCCCAUCGUGUUCCUGCUGCUCGGAUAAAGAAAGUGGAUAACAAAUCAAUUCGUGACCAUCAGAUAUUACAAAUUAUGGAAGAAUUUCCUUUGCUGACUUACUGGAAGGAUCAUACUUAUUGGACCGGUUUCAUUCAAGGGCAGAGGCGACUGGUCAGAUUGGCAGUUUCUGCGCCCAAUUUUCCAAGAUGUGACGAUGCGUCAUUCCAAGGUGACAAUGACAGUAUGACAAUUAUCGCCAAUUUUCAAGGGAUGUUGACAUCGAAAGACGGAUUAUUGGUUGAUCUAUUGAGAGAAAUUGAAAUAUAUAUUAAUCAGCACGAUCCAGGGGAUAAAAAUACUGAGAGUAACAGUAAUGGUAGUGAUUUACUAAUAGGAUCAAGUAAUUCAGAUUUUUUAAUGACCAUUUUCAAUGAAUUGGAUUCUAUAGGAGUACAAAAUGUGGAAUUCGUGUCUAAUAAUUUUCGUGAGAUAUCAAUGAAAUAUGUUGAUCACCUCGGACGGAAGCAUGUUGUGAAGUGCACUAUUCCACCCAAAUAUCCACAUGCAACAGUUAAAGUUACUGUUGAUUUGCCCCCACCGUCGAUCGCCGUUCACUGGCCGCAUUCGUUGUCAGAUAUUUUGGAACAAUUCAAAUUUGAAGUUGAUAAAUAUGCGACAUUUUGGAGUGCAAUGGACGAAUUAGACAGUAAAUGUCAAUUAAUUGAUCCCAUACAACCAAAGCGCGGCGAUAUUCAUCGACGAAUAUUAAUGGCUCAAAACAUUGUUAUCAAUCUUAUAUUCAAUCCCUUGUCCCCAAUGGCUUUGCCUGAAAUAAAGUUUUCUGGACCAGAAAAAAAUAUCCUUGGAUUAGAAACAUUGGUCGAUGAACAUUGCAAGGAAUGGUCAGAAGACAAAUCAAUUUUGGAAAACCUCAAAGACAUUACACAGUCUGAAUUCCUUGCAAUAGCUGAUGAAGAAGGAAAUGAAAAUGGCAGUGAUGAUAUCGAAUCACUUUGUGUGAUAUGCUACUCUUUUGAAUUUGAAGGCAACAUUCCAGAAGUUGCUUGUGAUUGUGGUUCCAUGUAUCACGACAAAUGUCUCGGUGAUCUACUUGUGAAUGAUUGUUCCGUAAAAGCCAAAAGGUUUUGUGUGGAUUGUCCAGCUUGUGGAUUGGAAUUAAAAGUUUCAAAGAACCACAAAGCCACAUGGUAGAAAAAAUAAUCAUGCCCGAAGACAAUUAUCAUUCUCAUAUAAAAAUAUCAUAGGCCGGCGUGAGACAUUUUAUGCUGCUUAAGGCCUUUCCCUGUCAUGAAUUUUGCUCCGCUGAAUGAAAUAAAAAAUAAUAAUAAUUACAAUAGAGCGGUAUUACAUACAUACAUAA